UCCUGCCGCGCCCGCGCCCCGCGGCCCCCGGCGCUGAGGGGACGGACGGAGGGAGGGGAGGCCGCGCCGCCAUGGCCGACCCGCCGGGCGCCGCCGCGCUGCCCCGGGACGUGCGCGAGCAGCUGGCCGAGCUGGAGCUGGAGCUGUCGGAAGGGGACAUCACGCAGAAGGGAUAUGAGAAGAAAAGAGCGAAGCUGCUGGCUCCUUACAUCCCACAAGCUCAAGGGGUCGAUCCUGCUUUGCAAAAGGAACCCAGAAAUCAGACGCCUGCUCCAUCUGCCGCUCCAGCACCAUCCACAUCCAAGUAUCAUCGAGCUCGCUCUGGAGGAGCCAGAGAUGAACGCUAUCGCUCAGAUAUCCACACAGAGGCCGUUCAGGCAGCACUGGCAAAGCAUAAAGAACAGAAGAUGGCCCUGCCCAUGCCAACUAAGAGACGGUCCACAUUUGUACAGUCGCCAGCUGAUGCCUGCACACCUCCAGACACAUCUUCUGCAUCCGAGGACGAGGGGUCACUAAGGCGCCAGGCUGCUCUUUCUGCUGCAUUGCAUCAGAGCUUACAGAAUGCUGAGUCUUGGAUCAACCGAUCUAUUCAGGGGUCAUCCACAUCUUCAUCUGCAUCUUCUACACUGUCCCAUGGAGAAGGAAAAGGGACCAGUGGGUCACUAGCUGAUGUAUUUGCCAAUACUCGAAUAGAGAAUUUCUCCGUUCCCCCUGAUGUCACUGCAACUACCUCCACAUCCUCUUCCUCAGCACGCCCAGCAACUAUUGACCUUCCUCCUUCAGGAAUUGUCAAAGGCAUGCACAAAGGGUCUAACCGGUCUAGUCUCAUGGACACUGCUGAUGGGGUCCCUGUAAGCAGCAGAGUCUCCACAAAAAUUCAGCAGCUACUCAACACUCUGAAGCGACCAAAAAGGCCACCCCUGAAGGAAUUUUUUGUGGAUGAUUUUGAAGAAAUCGUGGAAGUCCCGCAGCCUGACCCAAACCAGCCCAAGCCAGAGGGACGGCAGAUGACCCCUGUAAAGGGAGAGCCUCUGGGAGUCGUAUGUAAUUGGCCUCCUGCCUUAGAAGCAGCGCUGCAGCGCUGGGGAUCCACACAGGCCAAGUGCCCUUGUCUGACUGCACUGGAUGUUACAGGAAAACCAGUCUAUACCCUAACGUAUGGCAAAUUGUGGAGCAGAAGCCUUAAGCUGGCCUACACGCUGCUUAAUAAGCUGGGGACCAAAAAUGAACCUGUGCUAAAGCCUGGAGACAGGGUAGCCCUUGUUUAUCCCAACAAUGACCCGGUCAUGUUCAUGGUGGCGUUUUAUGGCUGUCUGCUAGCAGAAGUGAUCCCAGUGCCUAUAGAGGUACCUCUUACCAGAAAGGAUGCUGGAGGUCAGCAGAUUGGCUUCUUGUUGGGAAGCUGUGGCAUUGCUUUGGCUCUCACCACAGAAGUGUGUCUGAAGGGGCUGCCAAAAACCCAGAAUGGGGAAAUCGUGCAGUUUAAAGGUUGGCCCAGGCUCAAAUGGGUUGUGACAGACUCAAAGUAUCUUUCCAAGUCACCAAAGGACUGGCAGCCCAACAUCUCAGCUGCAGGAACUGAGCCAGCUUAUAUUGAGUACAAGACCAGCAAGGAAGGCAGCGUGAUGGGCGUGACAGUGUCUCGAAUUGCCAUGCUGUCUCAUUGUCAGGCUCUGUCUCAGGCCUGCAACUACUCAGAAGGUGAAGCCGUAGUGAAUGUUCUGGAUUUCAAGAAGGAUGCAGGGCUCUGGCACGGCAUACUGACGAAUGUAAUGAACAAGCUGCACACCAUCAGCGUGCCCUAUUCUGUGAUGAAAACCUGCCCCCUCUCAUGGGUGCAGCGAGUUCACGCUCACAAAGCAAAGGUGGCUUUAGUGAAAUGUCGUGACCUGCACUGGGCCAUGAUGGCUCAUCGGGACCAAAGAGAUGUCAGCCUGAGUUCCCUGCGGAUGCUGAUUGUAACGGAUGGUGCAAACCCCUGGUCUGUUUCUUCAUGUGAUGCUUUCCUGAGUUUAUUUCAGAAUCAUGGGCUUAAACCUGAAGCAAUUUGUCCAUGUGCCACAUCUCCAGAAGCAAUGACUGUAGCAAUUCGGAGGCCUGGUGUCCCUGGGGCACCGUUACCUGGAAGAGCCAUCCUGUCCAUGAAUGGGCUGAGUUACAGCGUGAUCCGUGUAAACACGGAAGACAAAAACUCUGCUCUCACCGUGCAAGAUGUUGGCCACGUGAUGCCUGGAGGAAUGAUGUGCAUCGUGAAACCUGAUGGGCCGCCCCAGCUCUGUAAAACGGACGAGAUUGGUGAAAUCUGUGUUAGCCUCCGAGCAGGAGGGAUGAUGUAUUACGGACUGGCUGGGGUGACAAAGAACACGUUUGAGGUCAUCCCUGUGAAUUCGGCUGGUUCUCCAGUGGGUGAUGUGCCAUUCGUCCGCUCAGGCUUGCUGGGGUUUGUUGGGCCUGGUAGCUUGGUGUUUGUGGUUGGAAAAAUGGAUGGAUUGCUGACGGUUAGCGGACGCAGACACAAUGCUGACGACAUUGUAGCAACUGGGUUGGCUGUUGAAUCAAUAAAGACAGUCUACAGAGGAAGGAUUGCUGUAUUCUCAGUCUCUGUGUUUUAUGACGAGCGGAUUGUGGUGGUGGCAGAGCAGCGGCCGGAUGCUUCUGAGGAGGACAGUUUCCAGUGGAUGAGCCGAGUGCUGCAGGCAAUUGACAGCAUUCACCAAGUCGGUAUAUAUUGCCUUGCUCUGGUACCAGCCAACACGUUGCCAAAAACUCCACUUGGAGGGAUCCAUAUCUCUCAAACCAAACAGCACUUUUUGGAGGGUUCACUGCACCCCUGUAAUAUCCUCAUGUGCCCGCACACGUGUGUGACCAACUUGCCAAAACCCAGGCAGAAACAACCAGGUGUUGGCCCUGCUUCUGUGCUGGUGGGGAACCUGGUUGCUGGGAAGCGUAUUGCUCAGGCCUCUGGGAGAGACCUUGGACAAAUAGAAGACAACGAUCUGGUUAAAAAGCACCAGUUCCUGACGGAGGUGUUACAGUGGAGAGCUCAAGCAACCCCUGACCACCCGCUCUUCCUUCUGCUAAAUGCCAAGGGAACCAUAGUGUGCACAGCCACCUGUGUCCAGCUGCACAAACGAGCAGAGAGAAUUGCAUCACUGCUGUGCGACAAGGGACAUCUCAAUGCAGGAGACAACGUGGUGCUGCUCUAUCCUCCUGGCAUUGAGCUGAUUGCUGCCUUCUACGGCUGUUUGUACACUGGGUGUGUUCCUGUGACCGUUCGACCACCUCAUGCUCAGAACCUCGCUGCCACUCUGCCCACUGUGCGAAUGAUCGUAGAAGUCAGCAAAGCUGCCUGCAUUCUCACGACUCAAACAUUAAUGAGACUGCUGAAGUCCAGAGAGGCAGCUGCUGCUGUGGAUGUGAAAACCUGGCCAACCAUCAUUGACACAGAUGACUUGCCCAGGAAGCGGCUACCUCAGAUCUAUAAACCACCCACACCAGAAAUGCUGGCAUACCUGGAUUUUAGCGUGUCCACAACAGGCAUGCUUACAGGGGUGAAGAUGUCCCACUCGGCAGUGAGUGCCCUUUGCAGGGCAAUAAAGCUCCAGUGUGAGCUCUACUCCUCUCGGCAGAUUGCCAUUUGCCUGGAUCCAUACUGUGGGCUCGGCUUUGUGCUCUGGUGCCUUUGCAGUGUGUACUCUGGUCACCAGACCAUCUUAAUUCCUCCUAUGGAGUUGGAAUCCAAUCUGUUCCUCUGGCUCUCCACUGUCAGUCAGUACAAAAUCAGGGACACUUUCUGUUCCUAUUCAGUCAUGGAGUUGUGCACAAAGGGACUUGGGAAUCAGGUCGAAAUGUUAAAGGCAAGAGGAAUUCAUCUGUCCUGUGUCCGGACCUGUGUGGUGGUUGCAGAGGAGCGGCCGCGAGUCUGUCUGACCCAGUCCUUCUCCAAGCUCUUCAAAGACAUUGGCCUGUCUUCACGUGCUGUCAGCACCACCUUUGGGUCGAGAGUCAAUGUAGCCAUCUGUUUACAGGGAACCUCUGGGCCUGACCCCACCACAGUGUAUGUAGACCUGAAAUCAUUAAGGCAUGACAGAGUGCGAUUAGUAGAGAGGGGAGCUCCACAAAGCUUGCUGCUUUCAGAGUCCGGGAAGAUUUUACCUGGAGUCAAAGUGGUCAUAGUCAAUCCUGAGACCAAAGGGCCUGUUGGAGAUUCUCAUCUUGGAGAGAUUUGGGUGAAUAGUCCGCAUACAGCCAGUGGCUACUACACCAUCUACGAUAAUGAAACCCUCCCAGCUGAUCAUUUCAACACUCGCUUGAGCUUUGGUGAUGCUGCUCAGACACUUUGGGCUCGAACUGGAUACCUUGGCUUUGUUCGCCGGACGGAGCUCACAGCUGCCAGUGGAGAGCGCCAUGAUGCACUGUAUGUUGUAGGAGCUCUGGAUGAAACUUUGGAGCUGAGAGGACUGCGUUAUCAUCCAAUUGAUAUAGAGACCUCAGUUUCGCGAACACACAGGAGCAUUGCUGAAUGUGCUGUAUUCACAUGGACCAACUUGCUUGUGGUAGUUGUGGAGCUGUGUGGCUGUGAACAGGAAGCCCUGGAUUUAGUCCCUCUGGUUACCAAUGUGGUUCUGGAAGAACAUUAUCUAAUUGUGGGAGUGGUGGUGGUGGUGGAUCCAGGAGUGAUUCCUAUCAAUUCCAGAGGAGAGAAGCAACGGAUGCAUCUCCGUGACAGUUUCCUGGCUGAUCAGUUAGACCCCAUCUAUGUGGCUUACAACAUGUAGCCUGGGGGUGGAGGGAGAAGUUCAUUCACAAACUUCACAGGGCCACCAGAAUGGCCAGUGGUGUCUGUAGAAAUGAAGCUGGUGAAAAAGUACUAAUACUUGAUUGAGUUUACUACCCUAUUUCCUUCAUCUCAUCCUGUGGGAUUAUGAUUGCAUCAACAAGAGGAAAUAUGGUAGACAGUGGAAAAUGUUUGUAACAGUUUACUGAACAUUAUUAGCUUUACAGACAAUGCAAAGUUGACAGGCGUGAGCUACAAAAUUCCUAAGGCCUUUACAGUAGUGUUACUUUUUUCAUUUGUUGUACAUAUUUGUAUUUUUAUCUAAUACUGUUUUAGGAUUAUAUAAGGGGAGGUUUAUUUAGUUAGAUAAUAAACUAUUAAGAAAUGGGUCAUCAGAGUCCUGCAGUUCCCCAGUAUAUAACAUACUUUGCAAUGUACUGUAGGUGUUCAUUCCAUGGGAUCACACUGAUUAUUUAAAAUUGUGCCAUGACCAAAUCAAUGACUCACUGAAUCUAAGAAUUACUUAUUCAUAUAGAUAUUUCUUGAAUUUAAAAUAAUUUUACAUGUAUUUUAAAUAUGUAAAUAUGAACAUACACAAUUCACUUAAAAUCAGCUUGGGUAACGAUGGCAUUUGAAGUAGAGGCAUUGAAGGACUGUACUUUUUUUAAGUCCUUACUCUAAUUACAUUUGGUCAGGCAACUAACAUGAGAAAUGCAGAUCUUAUGCAAGUUUUCUUAAUUCAGUAUGUAGUCUGUUUGUUAUUUCUGGCCAGAAUGUGUCAUUGCAUAUAGAAAACUAUGAUUUUAAGGCUCACCUUUCUAAAAGAGGCUGAAGUAUUUAAAUUGUAAAAACCAUUACAGUGAAACUCCACAGUGCUUAACAGAAGCUGGUGACCAUCUCUGCUUCUAGCCAUUCUAGAGUUUUGUGUUAAAGGCACAACAAAAAUCUAAGAUAAUGACACAAAUUGACACACAGGUGAAUUCACUUUUGGGAGUGAACCUAUCUUUAAUCUAUUCCAUUGUGUGCAUGCAGGUAUAGCAGCAAAGGCAAUUUGUACAGAAAACUUUGUUUAAACUGGAAAUACCAAGAAAUACCAUUCCUUAAGGCAUUCACCAAAAUGAAUUUAUGUUUCUGGUAUGGAUAUCAACUAAAAUCAGCAGAGUGGAGUUUUUUGUGUUUUUGGUUGGUUGUUGUUUGUUUGUUUUUUUUAAAUAAGAGGAACAACAGAGGGCAGAGAAAGCAGUUGCCUUGAAUAUAUGGUGAAAUAUCUAUAGUAAAGUCAUUACAGCAUCCAAAAUAGUUGGUCAACUUCCGGCCUGCGUAAACACCGAAAAGCAGAAGCCUCGAAGCGUAUAGGAACGCUGGCUGUUCGCAAACUCUUUGCAGUCUUUGGUGCGUGGGGCUAAGGAGAUGACAAGGGUCAGCUUCAACUCAGAGUUGUUUCUUUUAAUCUUUAACAGCCUUUGAAUAUAUUUAAAAUCCCUGUUUUUUUGCUCCUCCCUCUGCCCCCUCCAUUUAUGAAGGGACAAAAGGGUUUGGAAGUACAUGAGAUACCAGAUACUGUAAUUGCUCUUUUGGACCAAUUGUGGUCUGUUAUGUAAAUAUUUAAUAAGGAUAUUUUAAUAGCGUUAUUUACCUUCAUUUUAAUAAGUACACAAUCUUUUCAGGCAACUUUUAAAGGUUUAUCAUAUCAACAUGGAUAAAUCCUUAACUAAAACAGUAGAUUUAUUAAGUGCAGCUUUGACAGCCAUCUGUAAACAAAUUCCAGUUUUAUCGUUGAAAAACUGAUACACUCUAACAGUUUACUGGAGGUCUGAAAUUAAGAUAAAAAACUCCAAAUAUAUGUUUAAAAAUGUAGGAUUAAGUUGUUUGUAUCUUCGUAUAUCUUCAACUACUAAGGCAAGUCUUUCAUCAGGGAGAAAGGAGAGUUCUUUGCAAACACUGGAGCUACAAAUUUACAUUUCUGAAGAGUUAAUAUUUCAAAGUCUAGACACUUAACAGGAGAUCUUCAUGGAUAUAUUAAAACAUUGGUAUUUCCACAAUGUCAUGCUGCUAUAUAGACGUUAGAAGUGUGUGAAGCCUCCAUAUAAAUCUGAUUUUAACUAACUGCCUGGAAAAGUGAAGAAAUUGACACUUCUAUCUGCUGAUGAUACAGAAUUAAUGCUAGUGUAGCUCCUUUACGUAACAGCAUAUAAAACUUGCUCAAGUACUACAGCUUCAUUUGACAGAAAAUCUCUUCUUCACACAUCACUUUCUCUUGCAUAGCAAGCAUGCCUUGCAAUGCAGCCUCGUGUAGUUUGUUCUACAUUUAAGAAACAAUGCUGAGAAGCUGUUUAACUUGUUAAUAUCCUAGUCAUGUAACUUUUUAAAUGACUUGUUUUGACAGGUUGAAAUCUUAAACUAUUGAAGGUGGACUCUACCACAUUUUGGAAUUUUUCAGCGUGAAGUUCUCUUUUGAGUGCUGAAAAAUUCCAUGAUUUUGCUGUUUUGUUGGGUUUUUUCUCUCGCUCUCUCCUUUUUUUGUAAUUAAGUCUUCUGAGUUUAGCAUGUGAUUGUAUUCUGGCUCAAUAGAUUACUGUAACUAGGAACUCAUGUAUUAGAAUUGUCAGUUAUGGUCUUUGCCCCACCAUUGCCCGUAAUGCUCCAAUUGUGUUUACAAUUCAGUAGCAUAUAGAAGAUGGUCACCUUUGAUAAUGUUGGAUGCUUCUGACCCUGUUCAGCAUAAAGCAGUGUUUCCAAGAGGAAGUCCUGCGUUCUAACCAUACCUCUGCUGCCACUGACUUGCUGUGUGGCCUUUGUCAAAUAAUUUCACUGCCUUCGUUUCCUCAUCUGUAGGUGAGAAUAUUAUCUAAUCCUUACAACAUCCCUGUGAGGUAACUAGUUGUACAGCACUAAGUGCUCAGAAAUAUUCACUAAUGGCCUCCUUGAGGUUGGGAAUAAAGUGAUGCCCUUCCAAACUGAUUAAUGAUUCAUUUGGUUAAUUUUUGGAGAGCAUUAAAAGAGAGAAACAAUUCACCAUAAAGCAUUUCCUUGCUAUGAUAGGGAAUUCUUUCCUAUGUGAAUGAACAUUUAAUGCAUGUUUGCCUGGCAUAGUAUUGGUCUAUAUAAACACACCCUCAAGCUUCAAAAACCUGGCUGAGCCACCAAAGGCACUGGCCUUAGCUGUUCCUGUUCAGAACUGUUUUUUCCUAUCAACACUGGAUCAAGAAAUGAGUCCAAAGAGAGCAGAUGUGUUCAAAUGUAUGUUUAGAUCUCUACUCUGGUGUCACUUUUUUUAAAGCUCAUCUAAUUGCAGAAGCCAGUUAAACAACUUCCUGUUGUAGUCCAUGCCAUGAAUCUGAGUUAAGAGCUGCAGUGAAUUCUGAGAGCCAGUUACAUUUUUACAGCUUGAACAAGAAGUUUUUACCCAAAAUGGACAACUACUCCCCUAGCAAAGUUUGUGGCAUAAAAUUACUAUACUCUAAAUUCUGUAUUCUGCUAACACUUGCACUGCAUUUCUGGUUUAGAUAACUGUAAUAAAGAUGGGUCAUCCUAACUGUCCUGGAGAUAAGGUUGUAAAAACAGGAUUAGAAUUUUAGCCCUAAAUAUAAUUUUUUUUAAUUAUUGUCAAUCUAUUUACCAUUGUCAAAUUCAGACUACAGCAUUAUGUAAUUAUGUAUAAAGUUUUUUAUUUAUUUGAAAUUAGAUUAGAUAUACAUUUUUAAAUUUAACAUCUGGCUGGACAGUGUUCCAUUAACGCAUUGAUUGUGUUUCCUUUGUCUUGUGUUAAUAAAUAUUGAUGCCUGA